AUGACCACCCACAUUCUGCUAUUGUUCCUUGCUGUCUCUGCCCAAGGGGAUUCUGGGAUGUGCCCCACUGAUCCUGAAGUCCUGCCCCACCACGCCUCCUUCCUCAAUUCUCGUUCUUGUUCCCUGGGCAUCAGCUAGACGCACCGCCUGCCAGAGAUCAUAUACUUGCUGCUCUGCCUCCACCAAGGAGCCCUUAGAGAAGCCCAGCGGCGUGCCCCAAAGCCCCCACAGCUAUGGGCAGCAGUGCAAGUUGAAAGCCCUGCUCCAUCUCCAGGACCACCGCCUGCAGCCAGCGGGACAGUUGAGUGCACAGAUCGCUGGGUGACCUCGGCCAUGUCUCUCUUGCCUGGCUUCAGUUUGCCCAUCUGUGUAUUGGAGUUGCUAGCCCAAUUUUCCCCCUUUACUCCACCUUUUGAGAUUGUCUUCCUCACCUCCUCCCCAGGCUGUGACAGGGUUGAACCCAGAGGCACACUGCACCCUGCCUGGACAAAAUCCUAGCGUCCAGAGCCGAAUAAAACAAGAG